AUGAAUUCUUCUUCGUCGAAUGAUUCGAUUCCAUUUCAAUGUCUAGACCCAACAGAUCCUGGACUUGACAUUAUUUUAUAUAUUUUCUGUUUUUUCUAUUAUUCAAUCGGUCUAUUUCUUCAUGGAUCAAUUCUUCGAAUGAUCUUCUUCACAGAUAGAACAACAUUGAAAGAUAACUCUUUUUUUCAAAUUUAUGCGAUGGAUUCUAUUAUGAGCAUUUUCCUCAUCUCAGUCGAACUAUUUUUCAAUCGACUCUUCUUAUUCAUCAGUCCCUUCUGUCCUAUAGUUGGCCCAUUCUUUUGGGAUACUUCUAUCAUUAUGAAAUUAGUUUAUUUAAUACUUCACCACUCAAGAUUCUCUAAAUCUGUAGCUCAAAUCGUAAUGGUUCUCAACCGAAUGUCUUGUGUGUUGGCUCCAUCGAAUUAUGAUCGCCUGUGGAGAAUAUUCACUCCAGUUUCGAGAGUUCUUGUAGUGAUUCUUCCAUUUGGUGGAACAUGGAAUCUUAUUAUUAGUAGAGUUUUUGGACAAUCGAUACGAGGUGGAUUUUCUAUUAACUAUAAACGGGCAGUGCAAUGGGCGGCUCUCUCAAUGUUUCAAUCCAUCUACAUCUCAACUGCCCUAUUCUUCACUAUCAUCUGCACUUCUAUCACAGUUUACAAGUUAUACAUACUUCCAGAUCGUAUUAAAACUGCCGAAAGAGCACUUUGUAUCACUAGUUUCUUCACCUCUCUUACAUUUUUGUUUGUCGCAGGAACUCAGAUCUGCAGUGAUAUUGAUUGUGAGCAACAAGAAUCUCCGAACUUCAUUGUUUUCCAAGAAAGAUGA